CAAAAGACCUAACAAAGCCCAGCCCAGUGGAAAGAACGGUUUCAGAGUUGUUUCUCUUCGAUAAAAGAGCUCUCUUCCUUGUUCUCGCUUCUACUCUGGUGUUUGACCGAGCAGCCUACCAAAAGCAAUUGAGAGUGAUCGGUAAAAGAAAACGCACCAAAUGCUCGCAGCCCCCAAAACGAUGAAAUUCUUUCUGAACAGCCUCCUGCUUCUGCCUUUACUAAUCAUCUUCUCCUUAGAGUCUUUGGUGAGGCUUUUUAUUCCUAGGAAGAGAAAAUCAGUCACCGGUGAAAUCGUCCUGAUCACAGGAGCUGGACAUGGAAUUGGGAGACUGACUGCCUAUGAAUUUGCCAAACUUAAAAGCAAACUGGUUCUCUGGGAUAUAAAUAAGCACGGAAUUGAGGAAACAGCUGCUGAAUGCAAGAGACUGGGUGCCAGGGUUCAUGCCUAUGUAGUAGACUGCAGUAACCGCGAAGAUAUUUACAGCUCUGCAAAGAAGGUGAAGACAGAAGUUGGAGAUGUUAGUAUUUUAGUAAAUAAUGCUGGUGUAGCCUACGCAUCAGAUUUGUUUGCUGCACAAGACCCUCAGAUUGAAAAGACUUUUGAAGUUAAUGUACUUGCACAUUUCUGGACUACAAAGGCAUUUCUUCCAGCGAUGAUGGAGAGUAAUCACGGCCAUAUUGUCACCGUGGCUUCACUAGCAGGGCACACUGCCGUCCCCUUCCUACUGGCUUACUGCUCAAGCAAGUUUGCUGCUGUCGGAUUUCAUAAAGGAUUGACUGAAGAACUGGCUGCCUUAAAAAGAACUGGAGUCAAAACAACAUGUCUCUGUCCUAAUUUCAUAAACACCGGCUUCAUCAAAAAUCCCAGUACCAGUUUGGGACCCACUCUGGAACCCGAGCAGGUGGUGAACAGCCUCAUGGAUGGGAUCUUGACUGAGCAGAAGAUGAUUUUUCUUCCAUCUUCUGCAAGGUUUUUAAUGGUAUUGGAAAGGAUACUUCCUGAACGUUUCCUGGAGGUUUUAAAACAAAAGGUCAAUGUUAGGUUUGAUGCAGUCAUUGGAUAUAAAAGUAACGGGCAGUAAGUCUUCUGAAAACUGAUUUACCAGGUUUAAGUUGAUUUCAUCUAGUAUUAAUCAGAAUUUGAAUGUUUGGGGAGGGGAUGGAGGUAUGACUACAUGGUGAGUGCCAGGCGCACUGUCUGGGGAAUGGACACGCUUGAGGCUUUGACUCGGGCAUGGGCGGGACAUUGGCAAUAUAUAUAACCUGAGCUUUUGUACCCCCAUAAUAAGCUGAAAUUAAAAAAAAAAAAUUUACACUCCCCCCCCCCAAAAAAAAAAGGAAUUUGAAUGUUUGGACUCUUGUUUUUCCUAAUUAUCCUUUUUCCUUCAAUAUCACUUUUUGAGGCUCUGUCAGUCCUCAUUUAUUAUCACUCGUGUGUUCUUUAGCUGAAAGCUGAUGACAUAUAAUACAAACAGAAAAAUACCUUGAUGUUGACUUGAAGGAAAAUGAGGGAAAAGAAUAAAAACGAUUUUAUUAAAAUAAUUUCCAGGAGUUUCUGGUUCAUCUGAAGGCUUUGCAAAAUUUAUACUAUGAAUGUUUCUUUAAGAUAUAUUUUUAUUUUUAAUUGUACUUAAAUUUUAUAUAAUUCACAUUUCCUUUUCUAUUCUACAUAAAAUCAGAACCUGCAGGCUCUCUAAAUAUAAUGAAGGACUGUGUCUAGGGGCAUUUCACAGUGAAUUUCAUGAUCUCUCAAACAUUUCAUCCUACACGUUACCACUCUGUUUCCUGAGAGCUACCUCACAUUCCAAGGCCAAACAUUUCAGCACAAGGAAACUAGAAAUGGACGCAAGUCACAAGAAUAAAAGCAUCUUUGGGAUUUAAGGCACAGAAUUCAGAGAAUGUACCCAUAAAUGGCAAUAAUAAUAAACGGAUCAAACUUUAA